GAUUUUGGCCGCCAUGGCCCCAGCGUGCGAGGCCACUGCCACUCCUGCGGUGCUCAUGGCCUGCACAGGUGCGACAGAUGUGACGAAAUGCUUGACAUCUGCCCAAUAUGAUGCCAUUGUCGCUGCGGUACGUGGUCAGCUGGAAUCCUUGAGUGCAACUUGCACUGCUUCAGACUGCCCUCAGGCGCCCGUGGCGAGCUGGUGUGUCGUGGAUGCUAUGGGUGCAGUUGAUGUCUACUUUGGGGUGCAGUUGGGUCCUGCCUGCAGUUUGUGCAUGUACCCGGCGUCACCAAAUCAAGCUGACUGGGCCGGAUGCGUGCUGCGAAUGGCGGGUCACGAUUUUAUGGCGAAGGCGAAGGCAGCAGUGAAGGCUCCUCCACAGGCGCCUCCUGCGGCUGAGAGAGCACAGCGCCCGACUGGCUUUGCCAAAAUCUUGCGCGAUGCUGCCCCCUCGGCCAUGACCUUCUCAGCUGUGCCAGACGUUCUGUAUGGCUCACAGCUGUUAAGCCUUCUGGAUGUGCUUUCAGAGGAGUGGCAAACACGAUUACGCAGUGGCGUGUUCUACAUAGACCCGGCAGUCUUGGUUCUGCUUUGCCACUGUGCAAUGUCGGAUCCUCGACCCAAUUGGAAUGCAGCGAUGACCUAUGCCAUUGACGCGGAUGGAGAGGAUUUCGCCAAUGGCCAGGGGGGAUCUGAUGCCUGCACGGACAUGGAAGAUCCUGAGAAUGCAGGGUUGCCAGAAUGCCUUGCUUCAGGCGAACAUGGCAAAUCGUUGCAAGAAGUGUACAAUCAGUACUGCCUCGACGUGUCCUUGGCAGAUUUCUUGGUCAUAGCAGCGGAGGCGGUCAUUGCAUCGACCAGGGCUAGGUACGAGGAUGCCAGCCCAGGAGCCCCUCACCUAGACCUCCGAGCAGCUUUCAAAUUUGGCCGACAGACAGCCAGCAGUUGCGACUUCGCCGUGGGACGCCUUCCCAACCCGGAGCGUGGCUGUGAUGCGGAGCCUUGGCUUUAA